CUGUCUGCAGUCUCUGGUCAUCCCCUGUCCUGUCCGCAGUCUCUGGUCAUCCCCUGUACUGUCCGCAUCUCUGGUCAUCUCCUGUACUGUCCGCAGUCUCUGGUCAUCUCCUGUACUGUCCGCAGUCUCUGGUCAUCUCCUGUACUGUCCGCAGUCUCUUGGUCAUCUCUGGUCAUCUCCUGUACUGUCCACAGUCUCUGGUCAUCUCCUGUACUGUCCACAGUCUCUGGUCAUCCCCUGUACUGUCUGCAGUCUCUGGUCAUCUACCGUACUGUCCGCAGUCUCUUGGUCAUCCCCUGUACUGUCUGCAGUCUCUGGUCAUCUCCUCUACUGUCUGCAGUCUCUGGUCAUCCCCUGUACUACGGCCGUAGUCUAUGGUCAUCUCCUGUACUGUGUCAGCAGUCUCUGGUCAUCUCCUGUACUAUGUCUGCAGUCUCUGGUCAUCUCUUGUACUGUCCGCAGUCUCUGGUCAUCUCCUGUACUGUGUCCGCAGUCUCUGGUCAUCUCCUGUACUGUGUCCGCAGUCUCUGGUCAUCUCCUGUACUGCGUCCACAGUCCUCUGGUCAUCUCUUGUGCUAUGUCUGCAGUCUCUGGUCAUUUGCU